GUGUGUGUGUGUGUGUGUGUGUGUGUUUGUUUGAGUCUCUGCGUGUGUGUUCUUCAUCCAGAUGCCAACAGAUGUUUCUUGAGACUGAGCUGAAGAGAAAGCAGGAGGAGAAGGAGGCAGACGGAGGGGGAGAGGAGGAGGAGCAGGAAGCAGAGAAGCACGCGCAGACGCACGGGCACGGACCGCCGGUGGAUCACGGAGUCACCGCCGCCUCUGCGCAGCUGCAGCCGGAAUCAGAAGCAGCACGGCCGGCCUCACAUCGGAGCUAUGGCCGACGACGGAGCUCCAUCCACGGCCUGUACAGGCUCCAGCCUUCUGCAGCCGCUCAGCGAGCUCACCGACCUGCCGCUGGACCAGGUGAACUUCGUGGCAUGCCAGCUCUGCGCUCUGAUCUCCGCCUUUUGGUUUCGUCUCUUCCUCCAUCCCAGUAAGACCAGUCCCAUCAUCCGACACGCGGUGGCCACGCUGCUGGGACUCUACUUUGCCAUGUUCUGCUUUGGCUGGUAUGCUCUCCACUUCCUGGUUCAGAGCGGACUCACCUACGGCAUCAUGAUUCUCACCGGAGUCGAACACAUGCACAAGUACUGCCUGGUGGUGGCGCUCACAUACCUGAGCCUGUGUCAGAUCACUCGAGUGUACGUCUUUGACUACGGCAUGUACACUGCCGACUUCACAGGCCCCAUGAUGGUCAUCACUCAGAAGAUCACCAGCCUGGCGUUUGAGAUCCACGACGGAAUGGCUCGGAAGGAGGAACAUCUGACUGCGGGACAGAAGAUUCUGGCAAUAAGGAGAAUGCCCAGUCUGCUGGAGUACUUCAGCUACAACUGUAACUUCAUGGGGAUCCUGGCCGGCCCCACCUGUUCCUACAACGACUACAUCGGCUUCAUCGAGGGAGACCCUCGACGCCACAGAGACCCCAAGGAUAACAGGAAGUCCAGCAGCAAGCUGAGCCAGAGGGAGCCCUCCCCAAACAUGGAGGUCGUACGUAAGGUCACCACCUCCUUCUUCUGCCUGCUGAUGUUUCUGUCGGUGUGUAAGGUUUUCCCUGUGGAGCGAAACAUCGACGACGACUUCAUCGCCAACACGCCUUUCUAUGCUCAAGUGGUCUACCUGUACCUGUCCAUGCUGACUACCAGACCCAAGUACUACUUCGUCUGGACGCUUGCUGACGCCAUCAACAAUGCUGCCGGCUUUGGCUUCAACGGUUACGACAGCGAUGACUCUGCUCGCUGGGACCUCAUCUCCAAUCUGAGGAUCCUGAAGAUCGAGUUUGCCACCAGCUUCAAGGUUUUCCUGGACAACUGGAACAUUCAGACAGCACACUGGCUCAAAAGGGUGUGUUAUGAGCGAUGUCCCUACCAUCCGACAGCAGCCACCUUCAUCCUGUCAGCCAUGUGGCACGGAGCCUAUCCAGGAUAUUACCUCACCUUCCUCACAGGGAUCGUUAUCACGCUGGCAGCCAGAGCAGUCAGACACAACGUUCGACCAUACUUCCUGCACUCCUCCACCCACAAACUCGUCUAUGAUGUCAUCACGUGGGCAGCCACUCAGAUUGCCAUCUGCUACACGGUGAUACCUUUUGUCCUGCUGUCUGUGGGUCCAUCCAUGAAGUUCUACAGUUCCUGGUACUUUAGCCUCCACAUCGGCUGCAUUCUGGUCGCAUUCGUGCUGCCCGUCAAACGGAGGAAUCUGCCUCUCAAAGACCAGCAGAAGAGCACAGUGCAGGAGUCGCUUCAGCGCCACCUAGAGGCUACAGACAGGACCUGCAGCCAGAAGGAGAAAACCACAUGAGACAGAGGACAGAGAGCGAUGAUGUGACAUCAUGCAUUACAUGGACGUGUACAGAAAGUGGGCAGACGGAGCUUCCUGCUGGCUGGGUACAGAAACAUGAUGACGAUUACUUGGAGU